AUGUACGAGAGUAGUACUUCUGACCAGUUGCUUGCGUACGGUUCGCGGCAGGCGGCGGGCGAGAGCCAGACAAUGCCGUCACUGCCAGGCAUAAGCCGUGUGACAUUGGAGUACAGCUCACCCCACACCGCUGCCUUGUUUGCCUCCGCCUCGGGGUUCUGCGACAUGCCAGAGCAGUCGCCAACGGCGUCGGGCCCACAGGGGCCAUCGCCACAUGUAACAUCGAUGCACAGACCAGUGGCACCACGUCACAUGGUACUGGCGGACGGCUCCGCUCCUGAUGUGGACCGAGGCACCGGGGUGGCAUCAGCGGGGCAGCAGCAGCAGCACCAGCCCACAGGUGAGGCAUGCACACCGUUGCCUGGGGAUGAUGAUCCGCUGCUUGAAGAACACUCAGCCCACGCAUUGCUCGCUCAGUCUAACGAUCUCACGCCGCCCGAGACACCAGAGGUACCUGCCCUGAUUGAGGAGUGCGUGCACAAGACGCCGUCGCCUGUGGCUGGCGAGCCGCUGGAUGAUCUGCAGAACGAUGAUCACGAGGAGCUUUAG